UUUUUUUUUUCAAUUCGAGGUAGGUUGUAAUGGCAAACUGUGAUGGAAGUCUUUCAUCAAUAACUGAUUUCCAGAUUGCUGCAAAUGUUUUUUCUGAAAAAUGGAAGAUUUUUAAUCAUGGUUUUCCUGAGUGGGAGUGGAUUGAUUGUUCAAACAGAUUGUUAGGAGGGUUUGUAGGCCGUGGCGUUGCCGACGGAUAUUUGUCGUUACAGAAUUUGCUGUUACAUACACCCCUGAAGGUUGAACUUGAUGAAGUUAGUACCGACGAUAUUGAAGAACCGUUUGAUAAUGCCACUUUGGUGCAGAGCACUUCAAAUGAUGAUGGACAUCGAUAUGAUUUCCAUGUAGUGUACAGUGCUUCAUACAGGGUUCCAGUCCUCUACUUUCGUGCAUACAGUAGUGAUGGACAACCCUUGAACCUCGAUGAAAUUGAAAAGAACCUACCAACCAAAUCUGCCGAGGUGCUGACAGAAUCCAAAUGGACCUUCAUUACUCAAGAAGAACAUCCGUAUCUGAAUAAACCAUGGUACACAUUACAUCCAUGUGGGACGAGCGAAUGGAUGAAGUUACUUCUUGCAGGUGAUAAAUCGACGACUAAAAGUGGAACAGAGCGAUACUUGGUAUCUUGGUUUUCAGUCGUCGGGCAAGUGUUUGGGCUGAAGUUACCUCUUGAUAUGCUGAAAAGCAUCAAUUAACUUCCAUGUUUUCAAUAGCAAUGAAACUCAUGAUAUUUGUCACAAAAUAGAGUAGUUGAACUUGUAGCCUUGUAGAGUUGUAGGUACUUGUAUGGAAUGGUAGUUUGCUUAUUGCCUUGCAAAAAUUCAUUAUUAACUCAAAAAAAAUAUUUCAACUUAAA